AGGUGAUCAAAGAACGUAAUAACGAAACAAAGAUGAGUAUGCGCGAGGAAGAUCGGCAGAAGAACAACAACUGUCCUAGCCGCGGCCUCGGCUUGGCGGCCGCAGCUCUAGGCGUUGGCGUUGGGGCUGCGCUGUACUACUUCCUCAGCAAGAAGCCAGAGAACCCCGAUGGAGAAGGCUCUACCACAGGCUGGUCCUGCGAGCAACCUCAUACCUUCAACAUUCUAUUCGACGAGUCGGACACAAGCAUGGAAAAUAACUGUAACAACUCAAGCACUUCCAUCGAAGACUCCUACACCACCAUCUCAGAAACUACCACCACAGACACAAGCAUCCACUCCGACUCUGAGGACUCUUACAUUGAUGUGAUACCCAACUUAGAGGAGUCCUUGUCCUUCUCCGAAGACGAAUGGGAUGUGACUGGGUCGUUAGAUGUUCCGAGUGAAGAGAGGAGCAGUGUGUCGCCGGUUAGGAUGAUGUUUGGGAGCAUUGGAGCGCUUUUUAGCCCUAGACCUAGUGAGCGGAGGCGUGGAACAUCCCAAGAGGAGCGAGAUAUUAUGCGAGCGCAGGCGUUAUCCGAAGAAGAACAGAUAAAGUUCCUUAACGCUCAGAAAUUCCGCGAACGCUCGUGGUCCCUCGAGGAGUGCUCCAUUUGCUUCGAGAUCAUGCUCAAAGAUCAGGACCUGACCAGCCUGCCGUGCGCGCACAACUUCCACUCGGCCUGCCUGGCGCCCUGGCUGGCGGAGCAGCAGACCUGUCCCAACUGCCGCAAGGCUGCUGAAUAAAGCCAUUACUUCGCGUUUUCUCAUCGUAUCACUGGGGCGAGCGUGAGACGGGUCUCCGCGCCGAACACCGCAUCUGCCAGGUUGGUGAACUUCUGAAGAUAAGACAUUGAAGACAAGCUAAGCAAACAAUAUUUCAUCGUACGUACUUAAAACAUCCAAAAUGUUUACUGAAACAUUGUAAAAACUUAACUACAGUAUAGGAGUUACGUAUUGCCUGUUUCUACAGCAGUACGUAAAGUUUCGUCCAGUAGGUAGUCAUAUCUUAUAAGAUGUCUCUCUAAGCGGCAUGGGCGUAGGCAGAUUGGAGCGGGGGGAGGGGGCAGCUGCCCCCUAGAGUUCAAAUUGCUGCCCCCUCUAGGGUUUCGGCGAUAUCUAUUAUCAACUUCCCCACCUAGUUCAGUGGCUGGCUACGCCCUUGCUAAGCGGCAUCAAUGAAAUUGAUAGGUAUUACCUAAAAUAAAAACUUCCUUUUACUUCAGAUGUCAGCCAAUCGAUAACAUAAGAUUACGCCUCUCAGUUGUCAUGAAAAUAUUAUAUCAUAAUUGGUGAUUAUUUCCUGUUAACCUUUUUGAACGCCAAGAACACCUAAAGGCGUCGUGCGUCGUGCCCACAGUGCCAAGGACAUCUAUAGGUGUCAUGGCGGACGCUGGCAAUGUAACCUUCACACUUUCGAGUGAGGUUUACAUUAGCUCGCUUGCGUCCGGGAGCUUGGCGUUUGAGUGAUAUUUGUGUUCAUGACUUAAAGCGUUCAAAAAAUUAAAGCUAACUACUGACGGUCCUAAUAUCUUCUAUAGACUCAUAAUCUCUUAAAAUCUAGUCAUUGACUGUGUAGUUGACAGUUUAUGUGACAACAAGGAAAUAUCACUGAAAUAAUUUGUGUAAAAAUUGUAUAUAUUUAGAGACUUUUAACUGCCAUUUAUAUUUUAAACAUCAUGGCAUGUUUAUACAUGAGUCCUGAAUAUGCUUUGUGUUAAUUUUAUUUUUCAGAAUAGAAGUUAGAAUAGUAGUAAUAAAUCUUGUUGAGCAAUGAAUUUGUUUAGUUAUAAUCAGAGGGCCUGCCGCGAACCACGUUGGACGUGUUGCCUCUCUGUCGCACUUGUAAAUUCGUACGUAAGUGUGACAGGGAUGCAACACGUCGAACAUGGUUCGCGGUAGGCGCACAAAGCCCGGAAUUUUCGCGGCAUAAUUGAUAGUCUACUCGUAUCACAAACCAAAUAAAAUGCUGCUGUGUGUACUGACGUGGAUUUCGAAGAAGAACUUGCAUCUGUUUCUAUAUAAUUCUAUUAGUACAGUAAGCAUCAAAAGUAGAGUAUGAUACAACGCCCCCCAAUCUCUAAAAUUCAAAUCCAAAAGUAUAUCUUUCAGAGUCUUAAUUGUUCUAAAUAUAGAACCAUCACUUUUUGUUAAGCUGUUACAAAAUGGUAGAAACUUUUGAAGCGUUGUUUGAUCCGCUACUUUUGAUGCUGACUGUACAAAUCUCAAGUAUAUAUUUUAUUUGAUGGACCGUGUUUUUCUUCUAUUACACAACUAUCGAUAUCGAUAAAAAAUGUUUGUAACACUAGCUAGAUUGCGACAGACUUUUGUUUUGCCGCGAAAAUUCCGGGCUUUGCUAAAAUAAUUAUGUAGUUUUAUCAUGAGAGAAUGAGUUACGCAACUAGCAAUCAUAUAUAAUUUAUUAAGUCUUUUUUUUCAUAGAGUGAGACUAAGUUGGCAGCCCAGACAGUGCAAGUGUUAUUUUAAACUGGAAACUUCUAUGAAAUGAUGACGUUUAUUUAACACUUCCACAGGCUAGGCUCUCAAAAUCGCUGCUAACUUAUCUUGGUCUGACUAUAUAUAUUUAUAAGUUUUCUUAUUCGUGGCAAAGUGGCAACUUGGAAAAAAAGAUUAAUUUUUUUGCUUCUUAGUAAUUAUUCGGGUUCUUUUUCGGGAUUUUGUGUUGUAUUAACUCAUUUCUUAAAUGAUAAAUUAACAGCUUGAUAAUGUUUUUACCAUUAGUGAUAAUAUUUGUGGAUCAAAUAAAAUGUUAUAAGAUUUUACUCUUCGAUAAAUUUUAGGGAAUUUAGAUAGUUUCGCACCUAAUUAUGAAAUUGUAUUCUAGGCACAAACGCUUAAGGUUCAAUUUACUGUGGUAACAUUGUUCGUCACUUUGUAAAAAAAAAUUAAGUUUCGUCGGUAAGUAUAGUCAGUAGAAAGCGGAUUGUCAACUGACAACUGACAGGUUUGUGAUGUUUAAUGGCUUGACUACUAAUACCACUAAUACAUUUUUUUUAAAUUAUUAUUCAAAAACAUUGUAAUUACAUGCAGCGUUCGCCAAUACAUUACAAUUAAAUACCAACCAUUACCUUGACCUAAUAAGUAAAUUCACUCCACUAGACUACGUAAUUAACCUUUUGACCGCCAGAGACGUCAUAUGACGCGCGCCGCGACAGCCCAAUAUCAACCGUUAUGCAUACCAACAAGGUUCACGAUUACACGCCGCGUACGAUAGACGUGGCGUUCAAAAGGUUUAUACUGCGAUUCAAAUAUUCGUUUACAUUGUUCGGCUGUGUCCACUUGGAUGCAAACACAUCAAUGUGCGGUGGCCACAUUAAGCACAGAGUCGAGCAGUGUGAGUGAGCCUUGUUACCCGUUAUUGCUUCGUGAUUUUACUCGUAUUUUUUUUUUAUACUACGUCGGUGGCAAACAAACAUACGGCCCGCCUGAUGGUAAGCAGUAUCCGUAGCCUAUGUACGCCUGCAACUCCAGAGGAGUCGCAUGCGCGUUGCCGACCCUAACCCCCUCCCACCCCUUGUUGAGCUCUCGUAUGAGGAAUCCUUGGUUUUUCUUACUGUGAUAUAUACAGUAACAUCAGUUAACCCAUAUUUGUAGCGGGCAAUGUUACCACAACGUUACAGUAACAGAACAGUAAUAUUUUGAAAAUUGUGAUUUUAACGUAGUAGUUAGUAAUUUUUGUCUCCGGCAGAGUAGGAGUCAAUCACACCUAUCAGGUUAUGUCUAGCUGACUGAGUAUGCGGAUACCGUGCAACCCCAGAAUCUCGAAAAAAAGUGUUUUAAAUGUAUUUUCCAGGGUUGUCCUCACAGUAAAGGUUGCUCAGUGUGACCUGUAUCGUCUGAUUAUGGCUAGACACGAUAAAAUCAAUCUGUAUAUUACAAUGCGCAAUCUCAGGCAGGCAAAUAAGGGUAAGGUCCUUGGAAAUUGGGUAAACCGGUAAGUCCUCUUACCUUACCUCCAAGAGGACGGCCGAUUCUCUAUAGUAACGUAGUCUCCAUUUUCUCUGGGUAUUGACAUUAUGGAAAAUAUUUUUACAUAAUUUGAUGUAUAUUAACCAUAGCUAUGCCCUUACGUUUGACUUUCUUCGAUUAUUGUAAAAAUUAGUAGCGAAAAAUAACUCCUAUAGUAAUUUUAAAUACGAAAAUAUACAAGGAUAUACAACAAAUGGAGUCAAAAUAUUUUCAAUAAUGUUAAUAUCCGGAGAGGAAAAUGAGGACUACGUUUGUAUUUUCAUUUCGCGAUUUCGCUCAGGUCCUCCACUUUCGUUUUAAGGGCUUCCGCAAGCUGACGCGGGUGCACGGAGCGGGCGCCCGCACGCGGGUGCCCUUGUAGGUGAAAUCCGCCGCACGCGUCUGCACCAGUUAGAAAUCAGAAAUAUUUAUUGUGUAAACUCCAAAAUAGAUAAAAAAAUGUUAAUAAUGGAAAUAUUUAUUGCGUCACUCAUAGCAUUUUUCGUUAACUUUCUCACCCGCUCCGUGCAACCGCGCCAUCUAGCGGAUGCCUUAAAAACUACUUGUCGUUAAGUUACAAUCUGUAAAAAGCAUUGAAAUGUUUGUUGUCUAUUUCUACUUUGCCGGAGACAAGUUUUAAAAUUGCUUGUAAAUUGUCCAUCCAGCUAGCAUAGAAACUAAAACGCUGUUAAGAUUUUUAAAAUGUAUAUUUUUUCAUAGAUGUUUUGUACAGUUGACUAAAUCGAAAAAUGUAAUUUUACUAACCAACGUUGACUGUUUUAAAUGAAUUACUUAUAUCGUCUAUAUAUUAUAAAUUUUGUUUUGCUAAAAUUUUAAAUUGUGUAGAUAGACGUCAUUCAAAUGUAAGUAGUAUUCCUAUCAUAUAAGAACUAAAAUUCAAUAUUGCGUCGAGAGCGGCGUUUGAAAAAAAGAGCCAAGUUAGGAUUUAAAAAAUAGCAAUUUUUAAUUAGCAAGUCUUUUUCGAUGGUGUGAUAAAUUGUAGAUAUUGUAGUAUUUAUUUUAAUGAGGGUUUUUUAACAUUAAGACUUUUUAGAUAUCGAUAAUAGGUAAAGUAUUAAUUGUUAGAAAACUCUCAUGGUAUAGGUAUUCUUCCAUAAUUUCAUGUGAUGGCUUUAUUUAUGUAUUUGUAGCGUUUUUGUUGAUUAAGGCCUAAAAAUAUAGAAUGAUUAAUAAAUGCUCAAUUAACAAUAA